AUGGUGUCAACCAUUAUCUGGGUGUCAUCAGACAAAACCCGAACACCUAACGUUUCUCCCUGCCACCACUGUGCCCCGAAUCCUUUAGCGUCUUUCUUUUCUUUUUUUCUUUUCUUUUCUUUCUUUCUUUCUUUCUUUCUUUCUUUCUUUGAUUUAUUCUUCUUUUAUUUUCUUUAUUUUAUCUUUCUUUUUUCUUUUUUUCGUUUGUUUUUCUUUCUUUUUCUUUUCUUCUUUCUUUCUUUUAUUUUCUUUCUUUUAUUUUCUCUAAUUAUUCUUUCUUUUCUUUUCUUUCUUUCUUUCUUUCUUUCUUACUUUCAUUGUUUAUUUAUCUUUCUUUUCUUUUCUUCUUUUAUUUUCUUUCUUUAUUUCAUCUUUCUUUUUUUCUUUCGUUCUUUAUUUCUUUCAAUCGUUUGUUCUUCUUUCUUUUUCUUUUCUUCUUUCUUUCUUUUAUUUUCUUUAUUCUAUUUUCUCUAUUUAAUUAUUCUUUCUUUUCUUUUCUUUCCUUUCUUUCUUUCAUUUUCUUUAUUUUUUUCAUUCGCUUGUUUUAAUUUCUUUCUUUUUCUUUCUUUUUAUUUUCUUUUAUUUUCUUUAUUUAAUUAUUCUUUCUUUUCUUUUCUUUCCUUCUAUCUUUUAUUUUAUUUCUUAAUUUAUUUUUUUUAUUUUCCCUUUCUUUUGUUUUUCUUUUCUUCAUUUCUUUAUUUCAUUCAUUCUUUCUUUUCUUUCUUUUCCUUUCGUCCUUUCAUUGUUUAUUUGCCCUUUCUUUUCUUUUCUUCUUUCUUUUCUUUCUUUUCUUUUCUUUCUUUUUCUUUCUUUCUUUUGUUUUUCUUUUCUUUCUUUCUUAAAUUUAUUUUUUCUUUUCUUUUUUCUUUCUUUCUUUUCGUUGUUUUCCUUGUUUUUUUACAAUUGUUAUUCUUUUCUUUUCUUCUUGGUUUCUUUCCGUUUUCUUAA